GUGAUAAGAGGCUAGAAUAUGGGGCGGGGAAGUGGAGUAGUAGGGCAGAUUGCUUCCUGUGAGAGAAUUGUGGAGGAAUGGGGAAAGGGAAAAGCUGGAGCCUACGGGAAUCGUAUUUCUUUCUGCAAAAAGAGGCUGAAUUUUCUGCGUAGAUGUACUGACUCUUGGAGUAUUGCUGAAUUUGGGAGGGUGAAAAGUGAUUAUUUGUCGCUUCCUAAACAAGAAAAUCGGCAUUGGAGGCAAAGAGCUAAGGAAUUAUGGUUCACAGGAGGCGACCUGAACACUCAUUACUUCCAUAAUGCUGUGACAAAUUGUAGGCGAAGAAAUAGGCUGGAGAAACUCAAACAGGAGAGGGGAAUUUGUGAUUACUUUACUAAUAUUUUUUUCUCCUCCGCUCAGGCACUUGAUGAUUUUAACUUCAGUUUCGUUGAUAGGCGUCUGGAAGAGCGUCACAAUGAUGCAUUGGCAGCAUUGCUUCGUCCUAUCACAAGUGAAAAAGUUCAAGCUGCGUUAUUUGCGAUAUGUCCAGAUAAAUCCCCUGUCCGGAUGGGAUGAGCCCAGGGUUCUUUCAACAUUUUUGGGAUUUAGUUGGGCCGGAUGUAGUGCAUUUUUGCAGGUUUGUUUUUGUAUACAGGCUGCAUUCUAGAGAACGUUAAUCAUACUCAUAUUGUUCUUAUCCCUAAGAACGAAUGUCUUGAAUUUUUGGGAGACUGGAGGCCCAUAGCUUUGUCCAAUGUUAUUUAUAAGAUCUAUGCGAAGGUACUUGCGAAUCGGAUGAAGAAUUUACUCCACCUUUGUGUGUCAGAACAUCAAAGUGCAGUUAUUCCCAGGAGGUCCAUAAUGGACAAUAUUAUGAUAUCGUUUGAAUCUCAACACUAUUUAAAAUGGAAAUGGCAAGGUAGAGUCGACUAUGCGGCGUUAAAGUUAGAUAUGAGUAAAGCAUACGAUAGAUUUGAAUGGUCUUUUCUUGAAGGGAUGUUGCAACAUGUUGGAUUCUCCGAGAGGUGGACUCAUCUUGUUAUGGAGUGUGUGUGAUUAGUUUCAUACUCUAUCCCAUUUGAUGACUUGGUAAUUGGUCCCAUUGUUCCAUCAAGAGGUUUGCGUCAAGGAGACCCUUUGUCACAGUAUUUAUUUAUUUUGUUGAUGGAGGGCUCAAGUGCUCUUCUGCGUAAACAGGAAAGCUUGGGCCGACUCCAUGGGGUGGCAGUGGCAAGAGGAGCUUCGAGGAUCUCCCAUCUAUUGUUUGUUGAUGACAGUUUGCUUUUCUUUCAGGCCAAUCAUAGUGAGGCAUCAGUGAUAAGAGAUACUCUUCGGGAUUAUGAAGUAGCAUCUGGUCAUACGGUGAAUCUCAACAAGUAUAACUUGUCCAUCGCUAAUAUGCGGGCUGAUUGAAGAGUGGGGCUGGAAGAACUGUUGGGAGUUGGGUUAGCGGAUGAGCAGGAGAAGUAUAUCGUGGAGGGUUCCAAAGAGAGGGGGUAGAGGGUUCCAUAGAACUCUUAAUGACUCGAACCAGGUAUGUUGGCAUUUUUUUAUUUGGGCUGUUUGGGACAAAAGGCCAAAUUAAAAAGCUAUUUUACCAAACACACGUAUUAGCUGACUGAUCUGGUCAAAAGGUCACUAUUGGUCAAAUCAGCCAAAAAAUGGUUGAUAGGCCAUUAACCAAACACCCCCAAAAUGAAUAUGUUUGAUCCAAAAAUAUCAAUUUGGGAUAGAGGGAAUACAAUUUAAUAAUAUUGUUGGGAUUUAAAAAUUCUUCUCUCAUUAUAUAGCUAUAUUAAGAGUCAAGCUCACACAUUCACAAAAGCUAAACGAACCACACACAAACUUUCUCACUAAAGUUUCUCUAUUACUUUUCUUAUCACCCUUUAAUUUUUCUAUUUGUCUCCACUUACGCAAGAAAUUAAAAGCUAUUUAUACCCUUAAGUUAUCAAUAAAUUCUUCUCACCCUUUAAUUUUUCUCUCUGUCUCCACUUACACAAGAAAUUAAAAGCUAUUUAUACCCUUAAGUUAUGAAUAAAUCUAAUGGUACUUUCACUCUCCAAGCGAAAUGUCCAACUAGCUUGAUGGUUCCCCAUUUUUAUGAGAUGAAUACUUUACCAUUAUUGAUGGCUUCAAUUGCAUUAUAUUAUAGUGUAUCAUUAAUAAUAGACCAGACAUGAAUACUUUACUAUUAUUGACGACUUCAAUUUCUUUAUACUGUGAUGUAAAUUUUCUCGCAUUUAAAGUAGAUAUAGCAAUAUAGGGUAUAAGUACGAGUAUCGUCUCCACAGAGACAGAAAAACUGAAUUAUGUAUUAAAUAAAUUCAGUGAUUAAAAUAAAUAAAAAUAAAUGCGAAUGUGCGAUAAUGGAUUAUUGGAAUUAAAUGAUGUGGAUAAAAAAAACUAAAUUAAAGGGCUUUUUUAAUGAAUGACAGAAGGGAAACAAGGAUUGACUCCGAGAGCAACCAAAUUUUGGGGUUGAUCAUGCUUAAGCACAUGAAAAUUAUAUAAUUGAGCAACGCAAGUCAAUACUAAGUUCUUAUCCGCAGCGUAGAGUAUAAUAAUUUAGAGAAUCAGACUGAUCUCUCAUGCAACAAGUUUCUAAAUUAUUUCCAAAACAAAGGAGCGUAUGACUCCCUAAUAGUCACUAAUCUCUUAGCGAGCAAUUAGGUGUGUGUGCGCGCAAGUAUCCUAAAAUAAUUUAGAUCUCGCUUAAAUCAUUCUAUGUGCAAGCAUAAUCCUAGUGAGCAUUCUAGGUUAUAAAAGAUAACAAUUAAAUUAUUCAAACACAAAAUAAACAAUAAUCGUGCAUUUAAACCCUUAAGAACUAACCCUACAUCAUGAUUACUACAUAUUUUAUCAAUCCCAAAUUUACAAAUUAAUAUUAGUCAAAAUUUAGAAUUGAAAGAUCAACAUAAUUGAGGAUGACGGAAUUGAUUGUCAUUAAUUAAAAAGAAAUAACAUACAAAUAAUCCUAGAAUCUUGAUAAUACAAUGCUAAAAAGCAAUAGAAAAUUUGUUUUAUGCUCUCUCUCUCUAAGCUUUGUCUAGCCUAAAACUGGAAUUUACUGGUUGCUUAACUGGGUCGUGCACAUAUGUAUACAACCUUGAGAACUCAACGUCCGUAAAGUGGCUAAUCGGCUUGUUUUGACAUUCUUUUCCCAAGCCUGGAGGUGGCAGUGUGUAUGAGUAAUGAUUAAUUAAAUGUUUUUGUUAAGAGACGAAAUACAAGAAACCAUUGGAGACGAAAUGUAAUUUUAAGAGGCUAUGCGUCCAAAUCAGCCUCGCAUGCUUUUAAUACAGAUGACGUGUCCAUUUUUUAGGGUUGCAAUUCACAUCCCAUUGGAGAUGCUCUUAGAUACAAUUUGUGCCUAACACAAUUGCAAUAAUGUGCAAGGUCUAAGUGACAGUAGAGCAGUUAGGCUGGGAGAAAUUGACAUGGGUGUAGGAAAUGAAUCAAAAGUUGUUGCUGAGCGUGUAGGGACUUAUAUAUUAGAUUUGUCCGGUGGUUAUAGAUUAGAACUAGAUGAUUUUUCUUUUUUCCUUCUAUAACAAAGAAUAUAAUUUUUAUUCCUAUGUUAGACAUUGAGGGCUUUUCCUUCCAUUUUGCUAAUAACACUUGUUGUUUUUCACAAAAUGGUAUUGUGUAAGGAAAUGCGCCUCUUAUGAAUGCUUUAUAUGUUCUUAUUCGUUGACAUGGCAUAAUGGAUAGAGUAAAAGACCAAGGUUAAGUAAUAAGAAAAAUAUCACCUAUCUUUAGCAUGGCAAAGUUGGCCAUUUUAAUGAAGCAAGAAUAGCAAGAUUAAGUAAAUUAAAUUACUUAACACCAUUUGAUUUUGGAUCACAUGGUGAUUGUGAUUCCUGUCUCUCACUAAAAUGAUCAAUAAACCUUUUUGUCGGAGAAAAACUGCGAGUCAAAGAAGUGCUUGAGUUGAUUCACACAGAUGUGUGUGGAUCAUUCCCAACUCAAAUUAGAGGAGGUUUUUCUUACUUAAUCACAUUUACUAACGAUUUCUCUAGGUUAGGGUUGUGUAUCUUGUGAAACACUAAUCAGAAACUUUUGAUAAAUUUGUGGAGUAUAAAGCUGAGGUAGAGAAACAAUUUGACAAAGAGUAUAAAAUACUACGAUCUGAUUGUGGAGGUAAAUACUUGAGCAAAAAGUUUCUGGAUUACCUAAAAGGUCAAGGAAUUCGGUCAUAGUGGACUCAUCCAAUAACGCUUCAAUUAAACUCAAUUGAAUGUUGUCUUUGAAAGGAGAAAUAGAACUUUGUUGGGCAUAAAUCGAUCCAUGAUGAAUUCCACAUAAGUAUUUCUUUGGGGGUACACGUUUGAAAUUUCGAUAUACAUUCUAAAUAGAGUUCCAUCUAAAUUAAUGCAAAAGGCAUUAUAUAGGUUAUUGUAUAAUAAGAAGCAUAUUCUUGCACAUAUUAAAGUGUGAGAUUCCCUUACAUAUGUGAAGAAAAUGGACACCGAUUAGUUAGCACCUAGAAUUGAGAAACGUUAUUUUGUGGGGCAUCCUAAGUAAACUAAAGGAUACUAUUUUUAUCUUCCCAAGGAACAUAAAGUCAUUAUUUCCCGACAAGCAAGAUUCUUAGAAGAAGACUUGGUCUUCAAGGAACGUAAUCGUGAGAAGAUAGUACUUGAAGAAAUUCAGGAACCGCAAAAUAACAUAGAGGAAGACUUGUUAGAUGGUCAAAAUAAACAAGGAUUCAUUGGGAGAAUUUAGUGGAAGUAUGACUCUAGGAGGAUGUCCUAGAGACAUACUCAAUUCUCGUUUCUUAGUUUAUGCCUCUAACCACCUCAAAGACCUAAAAAUUAAACUAUAAUCUUCGUACUAGUCGGUUCAUCAUGUCGGUAAGUUGUUUACAUUUUUGAAUUGAUAAUUUGAUGUUUAAUUACAAACUUACCAUUUAAAUUAAACACACACACACACAUAUUACUAAUAGCUUUGUUUUAAAUUUUGGAGGGCCCUAUGUUGGGAAUUUUUAUGGUGUCGAAUCUAAUUAAAUAUCUUUGUAUUUGUGUCGUUAUUAAUUGAACGUGUAAUAUAGGUCACAAAUGUAUUUCAGCCCAUUAACUCUCUUGUAAGGCUUAAGUUAGACAUCCUUAUGUAUAAAAUGAUGCUAACUUAAGCAAACCCUAAGUACUGAUAAGCCUCACAAGCCUUGAACACACACAUCAUUGUAGUGAGAGAGAGAGCUGUUGCUUUGUAUUUCGAUACCCUGUUCAUUAUUUUUACAUCAUUCUUG